GGAGUACCUAACUUCCCAACUGUAACACAAGGUGCACGUUAGCACACUCCCCCAGAUCCCCUGAACCAGAAGAAAAACAUUCCCGAAAAAUAUCUAUACUCCAGAAUCCAGAUCCAAUCUUUCUUCUUUUUUUGGGUUCUUCGGAAAAUCAAAGAUCCAAUCUUCCAUUUUCCCGGAAAACCCACAAAAAUUUUCCAAGAAAACACUCCUCCACUCUCUCCUCUCUCACUUUCCCCAAUGGCAAACGCCUGGAAAAAACACCAACCCACAAACCUCCUCACCCCAAAACCCCUCCUCCUCCUCUUCGCUCUCUCUCUCCUCAUCCUCACCUUCUUCUUCCUCUCCUCCCACCCCUCAAACCCCAAUCCUAACCCUAAUCUCAAAACCCUAGUCCUCCACCCCACUGACAACAUCCACCCUUUCAACUGCUACACCACCCCACAAUCCCACCCCAUAAUAGCCAACCUCGUUGAAGGCCUCGAAUACCCUUUCCUCUACUCCCUCUCGGAUCUCGGAUCGUUGCCCGAGAAGCCCCACAAGAACAUUGUUCGGAUCCUCAAGGGGAAGCCCUUCAGGCGACCCGAUAUUUCGGUUACGGUUCAGGAGGUGUUGGGGAAGAUGAGGGGCGAGGGCAAGACGGGGAUUUUUGUGGAUGUUGGGGCUAAUGUGGGUAUGGCUACUUUUGCUGCGGCGGUUAUGGGGUUUAGGGUUUUGGCUUUCGAACCAGUGUUUGAGAACUUGCAGAGGAUUUGUGAUGGGGUUUAUUUUAAUCGGGUUGGGGAUUUGGUUACUGUUUUUGAGGCUGCUGCGUCGGACCGGCUUGGGAAUAUAACGUUUCACAAGCUAGUCGGCCGUCUUGACAAUAGUGCAGUUUCAGCCACUGGAGCAAAAAUGGCAUUCAAGUCCAAUGAGGAGGUUGCACUUCAAGUAAGAUCCAUUCCUCUCGAUGAACUGAUCCCAGAGUCUGAGCCCGUGCUUCUGCUGAAAAUCGAUGUUCAGGGUUGGGAGUAUCACGUAUUGAAGGGAGCCUCCAAGCUACUAUCUAGAAAGAAAGGUGAAGCCCCGUACAUAAUCUACGAGGAAGAUGAGCGUUUGUUACAAGCCAGCAAUAGCAGCGCGAACGAGAUUAGGGACUUCCUCCGCACCGUUGGUUACCACGAUUGCACUCAACAUGGCACCGAUGCACACUGCAUAAAGAAUAACUAAGUGGAGUGUUUGUUGACUGUUUGCAAUGGAAAUUGAAAUAUAGCUCAACAGCAAAAAGGAUAUUAUUCAGAAUAACUAAGUGGAGUGUUUGUUGACUGUUUGCAAUGGAAAUUGAAAUAUAGCUCAACAGCAAAAAGGAUAUUAUUCAUACUUCGACUAUUUAUCGUUGGUCCGAUGAAAAGCAUGUGGCUGAUAGAUCGACGAGAAACACAAGCACUUGAUGGUGCCACUACUUCUGCUCACUGGAGAUUUGAAGGUACUGACUUCAGCCAAUCAUAUUGCACCCGAUGAAACUGGCUCAAGAGGCAUUUGCCGUACUACCGGGAGAAGCAUCAGCUUUAUGAACUGAGAUACUUUUGAUAAAGUUAUGGUCUAUUUGCUUGCAAUUUUGUCCAGUUUUUGUUCAAUGUCUUCGGAAAAUUGAUUCGUUGUUCUUUCAAAACCACACUUUUGAUUUUCGGAUGCAUUGUACAAAAAUGGCAAACAAAAAAUCAGUUAUGGGUGUUAUUGGUUGCUUACAA